AUGAUUUCUCUUUCUGUUUUGUUAGCACUUUUGAUUGGUGGAAAAGAUGACAUACUUUAUUAUAAUGAAUACUUCGAAGGCGAGUUGAGUGAAGCACCCGUAGAACGUCUACUUCCUACUUUGGUGACAUUUUAUAACCAAUAUUCAAACGAGCCCUACAGAUAUGUGGCAUUUGACGCUAACCAGACACUACAAACUAAUAUAAGGGGUUACAGAUAUCGUUUCUCUGUUUUGUUGGCCCCCACUAUUUGCCCCAAAUACCAAGCGGAAUACGUAUCUAUUGCACACUUGGGACCAUGCUCGUUGAAAGCGUAUGGAUUUCAAAAAUGCAAUUUCGUUUUAAGCUUUCGAAAGGGUCUAGUGUAUGACGAUAGCGAGUUGUACCUUGAAGGUUGUCGAUCUGCUGUCCCGAGAAUGCCUGUAAACCUCGAGUACUUAGGUUUUAAGCUGCCUGGAAAUGUGGAUGAGAAAUAUGCACAGUUUAAGUUAAAAUAUAGAAAACAGUAUCAUGAGACAGAAGACAAGAUUAGGUUUAAUAUCUUCAAAUCGAAUAUCUUGAAAGCUCAAUUGUAUCAGGUAUUUGAAAGAGGUUCAGCCAUUUAUGGAGUGACACCUUAUUCAGAUUUAACAACUGAUGAAUUUGCACGCACUCAUUUAACUGCUUCCUGGGUAGUAUCGUCUAGUACAGGUAAUACACCAAUUUCGCUGGAAAAGGAGGUUAAGAAUAUACCAAAAAACUUCGAUUGGAGAGAAAAAGGCGCUGUAACUGAAGUAAAAAAUCAAGGAAUGUGUGGCUCUUGUUGGGCAUUCUCAACCACUGGUAAUGUUGAGAGUCAGUGGUUCCGCAAAACUGGAAAAUUAUUAUCAUUAAGUGAACAGCAACUUGUUGACUGUGACGGUUUAGAUGAUGGUUGUAAUGGCGGUCUUCCAUCGAAUGCCUAUGAAUCAAUCAUAAAAAUGGGUGGUUUAAUGCUUGAAGAUAACUAUCCUUAUGAUGCUAAAAAUGAGAAAUGUCAUUUGAAAGCUGAUAAUGUUGCAGCUUACAUUAAUAGUUCAGUGAAUUUAACCCAAGAUGAAACAGAACUUGCUGCAUGGCUCUAUCAUAAUUCAGCAAUUAGUGUUGGUAUGAAUGCGUUGCUUUUACAGUUUUAUCGACAUGGAAUUAGUCAUCCAUGGUGGAUCUUCUGUUCAAAGUAUCUGCUUGAUCAUGCGGUUUUACUUGUUGGCUAUGGAGUUUCCGAAGAAAAUGAGCCAUUCUGGAUUGUAAAAAACAGUUGGGGUGUUGAAUGGGGUGAAAAAGGUUACUUCCGUAUGUAUAGAGGUGAUGGUACUUGUGGUAUUAAUACUGUUGCUACGUCAGCGUUGAUCUACUAG